AUGGCGAGCGAGGAGCAGCGGCGCGCCUUUGCUGAAUACAUGGGUAACACGGCGGCCGCUGCCAAUCAGGCCGGUGCUGGCCAACAGAUGCAGAAUCCUUAUGCCGCUAAUCCCUAUGCCGCUGCUCAGCAGUAUCCCGGCCCAGGCUUCUCUUCUGUAAGCACUCCUCCCGCGGCGUUCCAGUAUCCCCUCGAUUUUGCUGGCGACGCGCUCGCAAAAGCAUCUGUGUCUAACAAGCUCCAGUUCCCGCAACGGGUCCCUCCCGCGGCGCCGACACCCCCAGCUGCCGCGUCGGCUCUUCCCGCGUCGAAUCAACAGCAGCAGCUUGGCUAUCCUAUGCCGCCGCCGCCAAGGCCAGGAGGCUACGUCGACCUGCCGCGAAAUUAUAACGCUCCUCCGCAGGACCAGCAGGCGGCAGGGUACAACGUGGGUUUCCAGUAUAUGAACUCGAAUGGGCCGCCCCAGCCACAGGUAAACAGUGGUACUUCUACUGCGAUAGCGCCGGUGAAUGCGCCAGGACAGGUUGCCCAUCCCCGGCCGCAGGAGACGACGGAGCAUCAUUACCAGCGACACGCCUACGAGGGCCCCUGGCCGCCUCCAGACAUAGUACCAAUGCCUGGAGCGCAGCGCGUAGUAUCCGAUCCAGCAGUUCCCGUCAUGGUCUGCCAUACCUGUAGCGAGUGCGGCCGAUUACGCUCAGCCGGUUACCAUCGCCAUCAUCCGACCGUGCCUGGCCAGCCCUUGGUUCUCUCCGCAUGUAGGAGAUGCAAGAAGAAAGCCAAGAAAAAGAAGGAGAAGCAAUCCGCGCAGAGCUAUACCAGCGUCGAUUAUCCUGACAGGACUAUUCGUAUCGAGAUCAACGAUGGCGAAUCUAGAGGAAGGGCUCGGGAUAGGGUUCAUGUGGUCAGGUAUCGCUCGGCUACUCCUCCUCCCACUCGGACCGCGGUGAGGAGCCGUAGCCAGGUGAGGGUGGCACUGCGUGAUUCUAGGGAAGAGCGCAGCCCGCCGCCGAUGUUGAGAAGGAAGAUACGGACGGAACCGCGCGUCUCCUCCCUCAGCCCGCCUCCAGAUUAUGUGCGUAGUCGCCGCUAUAGGUCGGAUGAGCCAUAUCCAGCUCCCGAACCCCAGACUCGUUAUUAUAGGGAGAGGAUCGUCCAGUUGAGCCAGUCUCCUCCAGCAGACCGCUCAAGGCCGACUAGGUUCGUCUAUCAGAACGAGGAUCAUGAGGAACCUGUUCUAGACUAUCGACCUCGCAGUCUCUCUCCUGUCCCUGUCCGCGUCCGGCGGGAGCGUCGGAGUACCGAAGCAGAAAGUCGCCUUGCAUCUCACCCUGCGCCAUUUCGAACUGUUCUUCCGGAGCAUCGAUCCUUCAUGAGAGGCUCAGAAGAAAGUAUUUCGACCGAGGAUGCACCGCGCCAUCCAGCUUCGCCGCCGCCGCCGGGGAUUCUCAGACCUUCGCGAAGGGAGCGAGAGCCAUACCCGCGCCAGAUGCGGCAAAGCCACGAGAGUACCAUGGUAGAAGUGGGAGGCCCAAGAGUUCAGUUCGGCCCUGAACCAUCGAGGAGGGAGAAUAGACAUGUGUCGGAGAGCAGCAGGGAGCAGGUCAGGAGGAAAUCAAGACAGGAGGAGGCUCAACAUUCACGCAGUGAGGACUAUGACUACUACCAUCGGCAUGCGCGGCGCGGGUACGUAGAGGGCCGUUCUCUUUCUCCCUCCCCGCCCACUCAGAGCUUUGAGCGCCUCCGUAUCCGACGUUCACCUCCCCCAGACCCGAGAAGUUACGAAGAAGAGAUUCGCGUCCGCCACGGGUCUCCUCCGAGCCGCUACGACGAGGUCCGCGUCCGUCAUGUGUCUCCACCGCCACUCCCUCGCGGCCGCAGUGCGCGCCAGACGCGAGACGAGUCCCCGGAAAGCCUUCCUUAUUCCGGCUACCGCGCAUUUCGUGGCCGCCCUAUCGAGCAAAACCCGGGCCCGUCACCGCCGCCAGAUCCUAGGCAUGAGGACUGGGAGGAUGUCACGGAGUCGGAGAGCGAGGGAGAGGUUGUGGAGGUGCGGCAGUGGAGAGGAAUUGAUGAGAAUGGCCAGCCUGCUACGUUCAGAGAGGAGAGGAGGAGGCAUCUUCUUGAGCCAGCGCCUCCGCCUCCGACGCGCGAGUUCCCCACGGAGCCUGCGAUCUCGCACUAUACGUAUAGGCAGGCUUCAUAGGAGUGGUCUGCUCGGGAGGCUUGAGAGCCUUGGUUUGGUUGGGCAAAGAGGUGGUCUUUAAAGCUUCGGCGUUGGGGAGAUUGCAUGGUAGUUCUCCUUCCUCCUGCUUUCUUGGUC